CUUAGGAAAUUGAGUUGGGAUGAAUGAAGGACAGGUUUGGCCUUUACCACAAACGACAUCAGAUGAUCUGCAUGGCAAAACAAUGACAUUAACAGUGGAUCAGACAGAAGAUGGCCAUUUGGGCUUCAGUGUUCGUGGAGGAGCCGAGCACGGCCUCAACAUCUUCAUCAGCAAGGUGGAGUCCAACACUGCUGCAGAGCAGGCAGGUUUGUGUGUGGGGGAUAAGCUCCUGGAGGUGAAUGGUAUCAGUCUGGAGAACAUCAGCAUGAGCAGUGCAGUGAAUGUGCUGACAGGACACCGCCGCCUCCGAUUGGUCCUGCAGAGAGUGGGGCGUGUCCCAGGGGUCAGAUACACCAAUGAGAAGACCACCUGGGUAGAUCUAAUUCACCGCAGGAUGGUGGUAGAGGAAGGGGGCGUGUCUCAGACAGAAAGCCGCAGGGACGGCGCUCUGUGUCGUACAGUUCACCUGCACACGUCUCUCUCAGAGCCGCGCCUCGGCCUCAACAUCCGCGGGGGCACAGAGUACGGCCUCGGCAUCUACGUCUCCAAGCUGGACCCAGGAGGACUGGCUGAGCAGGCCGGGAUUAAGAUGGGGGAUCAGAUCCUAUCAGCCAACGGUGUGAGCUUUGAGGAUAUCACUCACGGCAGAGCUGUGGAAGUCCUGAGGAGCCAGAAUCAUCUCACACUGACUAUCAAGGAGGCAGGGAGAUACCCAGCGUAUCAGGAGCUGGUGGCGGAGUACAGCUGGCUCGAUAAGCGUAAGAAUCCAGACUGUAGACCGAAUCAUAUUUCACAAAUACUGUACAAUAACGCUGCUGAAUGUUGUCUUCUUUUAGGAAGCAGUAGAGCGCUCCAUUCUUCCUCACGGGGGUCAGACUCAUUCUCCUCUGCCUCCUCUCUAUCCUCUGGAACCCCCCUGAGCUCGGUCGCUGGUCUCUCGCAGGCCACGCUGCCUCUCUCACUGCCCCUCAGGUCCCAGAUAUCCGACUUGUCCGGUUUCACAGAGGGCCAGAUUCUCACAGAUCGCAUCGAAAACGACCAGCACGCAGAGACGAGUCUGAGCCGGGGCCCGACGGAGCUCCUGCAAGACUCGUCUAUCCGUAACGAUGAAGGAGAUGGAGCAGGAAGAGACGAGAGAAGAGAGGGGAGGAAAACAUCCCUCCUGAUGGCACUGAGCCGACCCGGUCCACUCGUCCGUCGCACCCAGAGUCACAUGACUGUCUCAGAAGAAGAGCAGAGGAAGCAGAAGGAAGGAAAAGAACACAGUGGGAUCUCAUUGCAGCGUUCCAAAACAUUCCUCGGCCUACUUUGGAAAAGGAGCUCGUCCACGGAGCGUUCAAAAUCACCAUCCCGAAAUGAGCCCGGCCAUGGUACGACGAGCAGCAGGGUGUCCGAUCAGGAAGUGCUCACUCAGGUGGAGGACAUGGCCAGGAAGCUGCUGGAGGAGGAAGACGUAGCCGUGCUCGUGGAGAUCUGUACGCGGUAUACAGUGGAGCGAGAGUUGAAGUCGCUAGUGCUCCCCCUGCUGGCUAUUCUUGAUGGACCGGAGAAGCUUCUAUUACUGAGGGAGAUCAGAAUGCUUGUCCCUAAAGAGGAUCUUCAGCAGUUUAACAGCAUGGUGAAACCCUUUGAGGAGGAAGCAUACGACAUUUUAAAGCGACGCUCUCGACAGUCAUCCCCUUUGCGCUCCCCCAAAGCAGGCCACGCCCCCAAGCGCCACCUUAUCACACCAGUACCAGAUCAGCAGGGUGGAUUCGAGCUCCAAGCAGCCGAGGACGUGGACAGACAAAAUCGGCUGCUGGAACAAUUACAGCGUCUUCGUGUAGAGUCUCGGGCGCAAAGCCAGACGGAGGAACCUAGCCAUGUGUCCUUCACUCCUCUGCUGGACAUUCCCGUAGACUUGUACUCUUACCUAGAAUCUCGAAAAACAUCCAGAUCGAGAUCUCCAACGAUCCCUAACUGGCUACUGACGCAAGAUUCAGACUCUCCAGUCUCCACAACAGACGACGAGGUCAGGCCGAGUUUGGAAAACCCGACCUCGUCAAGGGGGCGGUCUCCUUUCCGAAAUGGAUGCACGGAAAGCAAAACUGGACGAGAUGUUUUCUUUACUGUUGUGGAUACUUCUCGUCACAAGAGACCACCACUGUCUCAGGUUUUCGGUCCUCUCAGGAGAUCACACAGCACUGCGGGGCCCUCUAUGGGACACUGUGAGGAAAAACAAGCGCAGGAGCAUGGUAAUGAUCAGGAGUAUGAACUCAAAACGGUCUGCAUCAGCAAAACCAAGCGCUCACUGGGGAUCAGUAUCUCUGGUGGCAUCGAGUCCAGAGUGCAGCCCGUGGUCAAAAUCGAGAAGAUCUUUCCAGGAGGAGCUGCGUCCACCAGCAACAUGCUGAAGGCUGGCUUUGAGCUGGUGUCAGUAGAUGGGGUAUCUCUGCAGGGCAUCACGCAUCAGGACGCGGUGGAGAUCAUCCGCCAAGCCUUCAGCAACAAACACACUGACCCCAUGGAGCUGGUGGUGAAGGUCCCCAGACACUCCUAAACAGCUUGUGCGUUAAACAUCUCGCUCGGAUCAACUUCUGGAUCAUUCAGGGAGCAAAAGCUUCACCCAGACACCUAAAGACACCCAUCACUACACCCAUGAGAGAGAGCUCACCCAGGGGAGAGAACACAGCUGCCUGCCAGUACUGUUUCUAACACACCAGAUCUUUUAACCACAUCAAUCCAUCUUAAAAGGGUUUAAUCAGCUAUCAGUGGCGAUGGUGAUGACUCUAUAACUGGAACAGAGCGUUCAUAAUGCUAACUCGCCUACUGUAUCUUGGUCUUUUCAUGAGAUGUAUAAUUCUCAGGAAUGCAGAUGUAAUA